CUUCGGGAGGCUGGAGCCGGCCUGGCCCAGAGGAGCGCGGUCUGAGCUCCUCUGGGGGGCUGGUCAGCUGGCACCAGGCCCCUCCAGCCAAGAUGGGGGCCGUGGAGGAGCUGGACGCCACAGUCCAGGACGUGCUCGGGAAACUGAAGAGCCACAAGCUGUUCCAGUCCGGCUGGGACACAGCUGCCUUCGUCAUCUUCCUCACCUUCGUGGGCGCGGUGCUGCUGCUGCUGCUGCCGGUCUUCAUCCACUGCUGCUGCUGCUCCUGCCGCCGCCGCCGCGGGCCCCGAGCCCAGAAGGAAGCCCGCCGGGGAGCCGACAACUUGGCCCUGGAGCCUUAG